CCUGCUGCCAUAAAACCCCCUAAAGAAGAAGAAGCAGCAGCUGAGCUGGGAGCUGCCUGAAGUCUCCCCGCCUGCAGAACAUUAACACAAGAGGAUGAGCUUCUUAUUGCACCAUCCAGGCUGUUUUGAAAGGACUAGUUGAGAAAACAAGGAGGUGAUGUCAUCGGCCUUACGUUUUCGAUAGGACUUGAGAGGAAGUGCUGGAGAGGAAGCCGUGUAGGAUUGGAAAUCGCUCGUCUAAGACCUUCAAGCCGAAGAAGAACAUUCCUGAAGGUUCUCACCAGUAUGAGCUGCUGAAGCAUGCCGAGGCCACGCUUGGCAGUGGGAACCUGCGGAUGGCAGUGAUGCUGCCAGACGGGGAGGACCUCAACGAAUGGGUCGCUGUCAACACGGUGGACUUCUUUAAUCAGAUCAACAUGCUGUAUGGAACCAUCACAGACUUCUGCUCUGAGGACAGCUGUCCAGUGAUGUCUGCAGGACCCAAAUAUGAAUAUCACUGGGCGGAUGGGACCAACAUCAAAAAGCCAAUCAAGUGCUCAGCUCCAAAAUACAUAGACUAUCUGAUGACCUGGGUACAGGACCAGCUGGAUGAUGAGACUCUGUUUCCUUCCAAAAUAGGUGUCCCUUUCCCCAAGAACUUCAUGUCAGUUGCGAAGACCAUCCUGAAGCGUCUGUUCAGGGUUUAUGCCCACAUCUAUCACCAGCACUUUGACUCCGUCAUGCAGCUGCAGGAGGAGGCCCACCUCAACACCUCCUUUAAACACUUUAUUUUCUUCGUACAGGAGUUUAACUUGAUCGAUCGGAAGGAACUUGCACCUCUUCAAGAGCUAAUUGAGAAACUGACAACAAAGGACAGAUAGAUGGAGGAAAGAAGAACAAGUGAUCCGUCUUUCACUUUACUGCUCUCCAUUAUACUCUCUCCCUCUCUUGUCUUUUUCUCUCUCUCUCUCUCUCUCUCUCUUUUACGCUUUGUACAGAUGCCCUUCCCUAAUUUGUACUUUAGCUCACCUGCUAAGCUGUUGUUAGUAGGGCAGUGGGGAAUGCUACACUUGCCAACAAGAAACACGUUAGCAUUGUGCUAAUGGCUGAAAAGGGAGCUAGCCAGCUGUGUGAAUUAGUCACAUGGUUUACAUGUACUCUAAACUAUGGCAAAUUAUCCUUUUUUUUUACCAGUUGAAACUGUUGGAAGGAUACUUGAUGCCAGUUUGCAGUUGUUUUUGAUUCUUUGUUCUUCAGAAAUUUCCUUUAGUUUUUAGAUUUGUGUGGAUCUCCACCUUGUGGUGGUGGCUCAUUGUUGCUACAACAUAUCCAAAAGCUGGCAGUGAGGCUGCACAGUGUUGGUCCACUAAAUAGCCCCCACAUCCCUCUUUCUUUCUUCAGAGGGGUUCUGGGUUAUCAAUGCAAGUGAAGCUGACAGCAGAAGGAUGGCAUACAGAUAAAUAUAGAAAGUCUAUUUUCCUAUGCAAUUAUUCUAGAUGUUUUGCAUCAGUUCUUAACACUCAACACUAUUUGUUAUUAAUAGACGAUAUUUUACUCCCUUCUUUUGCUUUAGAAGUCAAUACACUCCAUUUAGAAAAACAGAAAACUGAAAUUUAUCUAAUGCUGAUUGACUGAACAUAUGCUGAAUAUAUGCUGUUUUUCCUUAAAUAUAAGAGUUUUAUUGUUGUCGUAUUAGCAAGCACAGAUUUUCACUGUUCUAUUAGUUGUGUUCCACAUAAUAGUUGAAUUUGAACUUUUGUGUAGGAAGAGCAACUCGCUGUAUUUCACAGUUUACAUUAAUGUACAUCUUCUAAUCAAGCAAACUAACUCAGGAACCUUGGGGCAGUUUAGUAAGGCAGUCAGUGAUUGGAUAAGAAGGCCUCUCCUGUUUUGCAUAAUUAAAUGCUUUAGAUGUAUACAGACAUUUAUGGCACAUUUCCAAAGCAUAGUACCUACACUACUGGACUAAUAUCUGGUUUAUUUUCCUUUACUACAGCUGCCCCUCUGAAAGCUGGUAUCUGGUGAUGCCAAAAAAUGACACUAUAACAAUGAAGAAUGCUGAAGGGAUUGUUUUCUAGAUUCUUGGUCUGUGGUUUUUUGCGUCACAUAGAGCAAAUAGACAUUAACAAACAUUUUUGGUGAUCGGAUCAUUAAUUGCUUGUCUGCAUAAAAGCCGGGGCUAAACACCCCCCCAAGUCACAGAGCGAUUAACCAUUAUUAUCUCAUCCACAUGUAAUACAAGUGUGAAUGCAUUUUCUGUGAUCAGAUUCUUUCAGGCAAGCAGAAAUGCGUACAAUAAGUAAUAUUAUAAAUACUGAACGUACUGUAAGUAAUUAUUACUGUGGCUCUUGACUUCUCUCUCCCAUGCUCCCUCUCGUGUGCACCAAUAGAUGAGAGCUGUAAACUGAGUUCCCUUGUGGUUUAAAUCAUCCAUCGCAAAACUAAUUAGAGGGAGGGAAUUGUAUUAAAAUUGUUCAGAGAAUUCUGGUGGGGAAUGGAAAAAGACAUUUUACAGAGUUUUAUGCCUCAAAUAAUUUCUGAAAAUGACAAUUCUGAGAAACAAAUACCUUUUUAUCAAGAUCCCUAUCUGAUAACUUUGUAUAUGUAAAAUAUUAAUACAAUAUGUUGUAUUAAUAAAGCAAAACAUAAAGACAUUCUAUUGCCUAUUUUGGUUGUGGCAGAGAAUGACCGUGAUAAACAUGUAAUUUAAUACAAUACAAUAAAUACAAUGUUUAGGUUUUCAUCCAUUAACUAAAAUGGUACAACCUGACCUCUUCAUGGAUUGGCUUUUUUUCUGUGUUCAAGUCCAGUGCAUCACAAUAUAACGAGUAUAAUGAGAUACACGUUAUGAUCAGCAAAAGUUGAUGCUAUGUAUGCUUUUUAAGUAUGCAAAUCUUCACCAACCAGGUUCCAGUUAAAAUACAUUUCUGGUGGAGGGAUACAUGCAGAGAUGCGCUGCAAACUAGUCCUCCCAAUAAACUGAAUUUGUUCAGAUUUUCACCUGUUUCACCACCACUAUCAUCAUUUCAUACACAUCACAGAAAACGUGUGUAGGUUCACUGGUGGGUUUGGAUAGUAAAUCCAGUUGGUCAGAUUCUCUACAGUGAACCAUUUCAGGCCAAACCCAACUCAGAAUGUGUGUUUAUAUCUCAACCACUGAAUUGUUUCUUAAAUUUGGAAAAGUUGGUGGCAUUCUCUUUUAAGCAGUGACAGGCCUGUUUACUGAAAAGGCACAUUGAUUUUGCAUUUAAAAUGUUAAAUGCUUAAUCAGCCCCUGUGUAGUUAGUUUUGUAAGACUGGCCUUGACGUUUCUAAAUGGUGGUGAUUUUAGGAGGAUGUGAAAGUGUGGUGUGUUUUUAUCUCUCCUAGUUUCUUAUUCUUUCACCUUUUCUGAUCUCUAGAUUUUUAUGUGUCAUAGAAUAGAGGCACACUCCUUCACUUUACAUAGCGUUUUGGCUUGAUCUUUAGUUCUUUCCUUUGUUUAAUCUAUAAUUUUGAAUUAUUUAACUCUAAUAGUUCUUUUUGUUUAGUGUUUUUUUUUGUCAGAGAAACUAAUUACAGCAAGUGUGCCAACUGUAAAAUGUUAUUGGAGACUUUUAAAUAUUUAUAUGAAUAGAAAUGUUUGCCACUGAGACAGAUAGAUUAUAUUUUCCCUGGAUUGUAUAAUAUAAUAUUUAGGGCAGUUUUGUUUUUGAUUAGAUCUGAACAAUAUGUACAGCUGCGGCAGCUGGAAUGAGCAUUUUACAGAAUAUGUACUGAUGAUUGUUUUACAGUAAUAAAUGCUGUAUAUUAUCAAGUAAAA